AUUUUCACCUAACGCUUCACAAACAUCUUACAAACUUAAUUCGCGCGCCGUUAACCUGUUGUUUCCGCCUCCACCCCAUCGGCGCCGCUUCUUUUUGGCGACGGGCAUACAUACAAAUUACUGUAUCUAUUUUCUCUUCAAAGAAAUAUGGAAGCAAAACCCUCAGUUGCUCCGUCAAGCUUCAUCGACCAGCAAGUGUUUCCAGGGGAUUUGGUAUUGGACCUCUCCAAAAUGACUAAUCAAACCAUCAAGCUCGGCGGCGGCCUCUGUCAGGAUGGUGAUGUUAUAUCUGUUAUGAAAGCAGGGAAGCUAAGGUUCUCGAAACCGAACAAGUAUUGGGUCGAAAGCUCACAUAAACGGUACGUACCUAGUGUUGGGGACAAUGUACUUGGAAUAGUGGUUGAAGCAAGAGCAGACAAUUUUUUUGUGGAUAUAAAAGGUCCUGCAUUGGCAUUUCUGCCGGUUCUUGCUUUCGAAGGUGGAACCAGGAGAAACAUUCCUAAGUUUGAGACAGGAACUUUGCUGUAUGUCCGUGUUGUCAAGGCGAACACUGGCAUGAACCCUGAAUUAUCAUGCACAGAUGCCAUGGGGAAAGCAGCAGAGUAUGGCCCGCUUAAAGAUGGGUUCAUGUUUGAAUCAUCGACUGGAUUAUCACGAACGUUGCUAAGCUCUCCAACAUGUCCAGUUCUUGAAACUCUGGGGAAAAAAAUUGCGUUUGAGAUUGCAGUUGGUUUGAACGGCCGGGUUUGGGUGAAUGCUACGUCUCCUUCGAUCAUUGUUCUUGUUGCAAAUACAAUCAUGCAAACAGAGUCGUUGAGUCCAGCUCAGCAAAAAAUCAGGGUUGAAAACCUGCUGCAGAAAUUGCAAUAAACGGACACAACUUUGUGCGACGAUUUUUGUAGUAUGAGGAACAAUGUUGGCAGCAAAUUCUAACUCCUAAUGCAGGCUAGUAAGAUUGCUUCUCCGUCUAAUUCUUGCCGAUAUUGCGAACCAAAACGAAAAGUUUGCAGAGCAUCAUUUUGUGGCUUAUGAAGAACAUCCGAAGUAGAUUUUUUUUCAAAUUAAAAUUUCAAUGUUUAAUGUUGAUAUUGUCGGAGAUAGAUAAUACUAGUUCCGUAAACUUGAAGAUGAUCGAUUUUAUUGUUUAUUAUUUUAGGUGAUAUUAAAUUUUAUUUCCUUUAUGCGGAAAUUAGAUUUUCCUUGAGAAUGAAACUUGUUGGCUAA